AUGGCAAAGAUGUUUGAGGAGGAAGAGAUUUCAAAAGAGAUGGAGGAGAAGUUGUUAAUGGACUCGGACGAAGAAAAAGGGGACAGGAAAAAAGACAAUAGGAGGAAAGGGGAGAACCGAGACAGGAAAAAGGGACGUAAAGAAACGCAGAGGCGGAGAAAGCGGAAGGGAGCAAGCAAAAGGGCGAAGAAAGAGGGGGGAGGACAAUAUCAAAAAGAUAGCGGUGCCGAGGACGGUGUCGAUAACGACGACGGCGGUUACGGUGCCGACGGCGGUGUCAAUGACGACAACGGCGGUCACGGUGCCGACGACGGUGUCGACGACGACGGCGGUCACGGUGCCGAUGACGACGACGGAGGUUACGGCGCCGAUGGCAGUGGCGACGGCAACAACGGCGGUCACGGCGCCAACGGCGGUGACAACGACGGCGGUCACGGUGCCGACGGCGGGGUCAACGACGGAAGGAAAUAUUAUAACAAUAAAU